GAGAGGUCGUUGAGACUUGAGACACACACACACACACACACAGAGAUAAGUGUUUUGUAGCCUCUGAAGUAACACAGAGAAGAAGUGUUAUCAUCAAUGGCCUCUGUAGCUUCUUCAACCGCUCUCAUCUCCUCCACUCGAGUUUCUCCAGCAAAGUCUUCGCUUCCAUCUCCCUCCUCCCUCUCUUUCCUUCGUACCAUAUCCUCUCCUCUCCGCUCUUCCCUCAGCUUCUGCUCUCGCAGGAGCUUCGCAGUCAAGGCCCAGGCCGAUGAUCUUCCACUGGUGGGAAACAAGGCGCCUGAUUUUGAGGCUGAGGCUGUCUUUGAUCAGGAGUUCAUCAAGGUGAAGCUCUCUGAGUACAUUGGGAAGAAGUAUGUGAUUCUCUUUUUCUACCCUUUGGACUUCACUUUCGUCUGCCCAACAGAGAUUACUGCCUUCAGUGACCGCUAUGCGGAAUUUGAGAAGUUGAACACAGAAGUAUUAGGUGUCUCUGUUGAUAGUGUGUUCUCCCACCUUGCGUGGGUCCAGACAGACAGACAAUCUGGAGGCCUUGGUGAUCUCAACUAUCCCCUUGUUUCAGAUGUAACUAAAUCUAUCUCAAAGUCUUUCGGAGUGCUCAUCCAUGAUCAGGGAAUAGCACUGAGAGGGCUUUUCAUAAUCGACAAGGAAGGUGUGAUCCAACACUCCACCAUCAACAAUCUUGGUAUUGGCCGAAGCGUCGAUGAGACAAUGAGAACCCUCCAGGCCUUACAGUACAUCCAGGAGAACCCUGAUGAAGUCUGCCCUGCAGGAUGGCAACCGGGUGAGAAGUCAAUGAAACCUGACCCCAAGCUCAGCAAAGAGUACUUCUCUGCUAUUUAGAAUAGCUAUAACAAGUACAAGACCUUUGUUAUAAUUCUGCAAAAUGUAUCAAAUCACUUUCUUUACAGUCCCUUUUGUAUGAAUAUUAUAAAUCAUUUCAUUUUUCCAUAUCAAUGCUGAACUUUGUGAUGAA